CAAUAUUGUAUGUGAAUUCAAGGGAACAUAUAGUAGCUGCAACAAACUUUAGCAAGGCCAUCCUUAAGAGGUGACUCAAAGAAAAAAACUGAAUACAGCAACUAAGUCCCGAUUAGAAUGGAUACAUUCAACAUUAUUUUUUAAGAGGACGACUAAUAGAAUUAGAGGUGUAUAUGGAGGUAUUUCAUUAUAAAUUUUAGUUUUCAGAUUAUUUAGAUAGGUUGAGUGGUCAAAGGAAGUGAAGUUUGGAUUAGGUAUUGAAAUCAGAGUUGAAAAAUUAUUAAAUGGAUAAAGAAAUUCAGAAAGAAUUGUGUGGUUAUUAAUUUUUAGGGGGAAGAAAUAAUAAUUUAUAUAAAUAUUUUAUCUCCAAAGAUUUAUUAAUUAAUAUAAAUUUCUAAUUUCCUCAAAUUUUCCAUGGAUAAAAACAAAUCAAAAUAUACUAUUCCGUCAUUCAUUAUUAAACUGCAUGCCAUUUUGGAGGAUUUAGUAAUGAGUAAUAUAUAUAGCAAAAGAAUAAUUCAUAAAUUAUUACCUGGGCCCCCCAAGGAGAUGCAUUUAUCGUUUUAAAUCCCGAAUUGUUGGAACAAAAAAUACUGCCUUAACAUUUUAAACAUAAUCACUUUACUUCUUUCUUAAGACAGUUGAAUAUGUAUGAUUUUUAGAAGAUUCGAAAUCAGAAUAAUUAAUAAGUUUUUUGGCAUCAAAAUUUUUUAAAAGGAAAAGAGUAUAAUUGAAUAAUAAAUUAGACAUCUCUUAGUUUUGUUAAAAAGAAGCUAGAACAAAAUGUAGUAAAAACAAAAGUUAAAUCAUCAAUGUUUUUAAAGAUUCUUAAUAGAUGAGAUUACUUCAAUAAAAUAAAAUUUGAAUCAAGAUGAAUAAUAAUUCACGCACAUAAUAAAUUAACACGAGGUCAUACUAUAACAACACAAAUAAAUAUAUUUAGAUUUACAAUAACAAAGGGAAUAAAUGGAAAAUAAAUAUGAAAAAUUAACUGGAUAAGUUUAAGCAAUAAUAAGUUUGUAAAAGGUAGAUUCGACUAGUUAAUACUUAGAAGGCUGUUCUUAGGAGGAAGAACAAUCAGAAUUUUUCUAUUCCUAAAAUCUCUGA